UAGAAAGAAGGAGAAAUCAAAAGAAAUAAGGGAAGCUUGCGAUUUCCGGUGAUAAACAGCGAAGCCUGCACGAGAUUUGUCAUUCUUGUUGAGUUUUUCUGGUGAACCUUUCAGCGGAAGUAGUUCACAGGUUAUUUUCUGCUCAGUUAUUACCUUUGUAGCUCACCCGAGCUCGGAUUUGGAUUGGUUUUGUUAGUUCUCUAUUAGAUUUCAGCGACUUUGGUUUCUUUGGCUCGCGAUUUAUUUCUGAUGUCGUGCUUUUAGGGGGUUUUCGAUACCGGGCUGGUGUCGUUCAUCUCGAGACUUUCUAUUGACUCCCAAAUCUGUCAGGGUGGAUUUUUCUCAUUGAUUUGUUUUGCUCGCUGUUGGGGUUUUGUUCGAGGACUUUGGUCUCGUAUUUCUUCAUUAUUGAUGAAAACAUGUUUCAUUGAGUUUCGAUCGGGGUCAGUUGUCUAUCGGACUUUAAAGGUGCUUCGGGUUUGUCUGUUUUUGGAGGAUUAUUAUCGAUAUUGUGUUUUGGAUCUUUUGAGAAAAGUUGAGUUAACAUUUAGUUUUGGGUUUCAUUUCGUUGUUUUCUUAUUGGUUUGAAAUUUGUUCAGAUGGCGAUUGCGGGACACUGAUUGGAUUUAUUCGUCAUUGGGGUUCUCUGUUCGAGGAUUUUGGAUUUUGGAAUUUCCCUAUUAUCGACGAAAGCAGUCUAUCAAGUUUAGAGCUUCAAUUUUGGUGAUACCGAGCUUGGGAGUUUUUCCGAUUGAGGUCUUCUAUUCGGGAUUCGAAAUUCGGGCUUCUUUAACAUCAUUAUUCAACUAAAAUUGAUUAUCGAAAGGUGUUUAUAGCCAUCAAGUGCCUCUUACAAAAGGAAGCAAUGGUUCCUCGGAAAAGUGUAUCCCUUUAUGUUUAGUAAUGCUUUUCACUAAUGAAGUUUACACCAUGAAGUGAUUAAUUUUGACAUACGGCAAAGAUAUCUGUGCCUUCCAGUUUUCAAGCACACAUUCUCCACAGAGACAUAGAAAAACAGAAUCUUAGUGCUCAUUAGUUUGACUGCAGACAAUGAGUUCAGGAACACAGGAUUAGAAAGGUCCGAGUUCUUAGCAAAGGAUUUGGAAUGGUUUAGGCAGCAAGGUCAUGCCAUCCCGGAACCGUCAACUCAUGGUGUCAGCUAUGCUCAUUACUUAGAGGAGCUAUCAGAAAAGGACCCUCAAGAAUUUAUUUGCCAUUUUUACAACACUUACUUUGCGCAUUCAGCUGGAGGUCGAAUGAAAGGGAGAAAGGUAGCUGAAAAGAUACUUGACAAGAAAGAGCUAGAAUUCUAAAAAUGGGACGGUGACCUUUCUCAGCUGCUGCAGAACGUUAGAGAUAAGCUGAACAAAGUUGCAGAAGUAAAAUUUUUGACUCAUUAAUGUAGAGACCAAACCUUCAUUAGGGAUUCAAUUCUCUCUGAGCGCAUGUUAGCGUAAUGUGCGCACCCAUGGGGAGGAGAGCUCGAACCGUAUCUCGGAAGGCAAUCGAAGCUCAUGAAAAUGCAAAACAACUAAGGAAGAAGGGAUCUCAAGGCAAUUGUGCACAGGGGAGCAAGCAAGCAUGAAGAAUUUAAGUGACGACGAAGCAAUUGCGGAACAUAGUGAAGAUGAACUGCCAUCGCAAUUGGACCUUGAUGAAGUACUGGGAGCACCACAGAAGGCAAUUGAAUUGCAGGAAUCUAAUGGAACAGUGAAUGUUCAGACUAACGUACCUAACCCUACACAGGUAGUGAGGGACUGGGAAACAAUCACUAAGACGAAAAUGGAUGCUAGGAGAAGUUCCUGGGCAGAUGCAGUGGAAAAGGAGGAAGAAACAGAACGGAAGGCUUCAAUUUGGGAUAAUUUUGACAUUUCUAAAGUGUCAAAUGCAGGAUUUAAGCUCGAAUUUGUCUAUCCUCUCAAAGCUGGGGGAGAUAAGGUAUGUGAAAUUGAUGUCGAUGAUAUAUCAACUGAAUUGGAGUAUUGGAAGAACACUAUUAUAUGCUAUGUACCUGGUGCACAUCCACCCUUUUCAGUUUUGAAUAGCUACAUAAAGAGAAAAUGGGGUAAGCAUGGAGUGAAUAAGGUCUCAAUGUUGAAAAAUGGCAUUACAUUAGUAAGAUUUGACAGUCAGGCAGGCAUGAGUGAGGUUUUACGUGAAGGAAUAUACCAUUUCGAUAAUAAGCCACUCAUAGUCAAGGCAUGGCAUGAGGACAUGGAGUUUACAAAAGAUGAGUGGUAUACUGUGCCAAUUUGGGUAAAAUUGCCAGGAUUAGAAUUUAAAUACUGGGGAAGGGUCAGAUGGUGCAGUGGUAUCGAGGGAAUAGGUACAUCCUGACAACAACUGGUAUUUACUCAGUAUCAUCGAAUGCUUUACUGGGAAAUCGAUAAAGGGUACAGGUUGCUUACUUAAUGUGGAGUUCACUCAUGCUACCUAAACAACGGGUAAUAGUCUGGCUAGCCUAUCAAGAAAGACUGCUUACAAAAAUGAGACUCUGAAAGCUGAAUAUUUUGAUGGAUGACACCAAAUGUUGUUUAUGUGAUGAUGACAAGGAAGAGACACAUUUGCAUUUAUUUGCUACUUGUGAAUGGAUAACACCACUGACGAAUAAGUUAAGUCAAUGGUUGGGGAUUACAAUUAUACGUGGCAGUACUACAACUACUCUUAAAUGGAUCAAAACAAGGAGAUGGAGCCAAUUCAAAAAGGAAAUUGUAGCUGCUGUUUGGGGAGCAUCACUUUACCAUACAUGGCAUGCUAGAAAUAGCAGAAUAUUUCAACAACAAAAUGUGCAGGUGGACAUUAAGCUGGUACAGAUACAAAAGGAAAUAAGGGAGA